AAAAAAAGAAGAAAAUUUACAAUAUUACAUCACUGGGUCAUCUCGCCUCAUCCCCCUAUAACUAUGGCCGCCGUUCCCCUCAUCUCCCACCGCUUCUCCUCCUUGCUCCGUUCUUCCUGGAGAUCGCCAUCAACUCCCAAAUCCUUUUCUAUCGCGAUUCAGCAAUUUCAUCGAUUCCGCCCAUUUUGUUCAUCAUCGAUGGCUGCGUCCUCGUCCGAUCCCAAGGAAUCCCCCUCCAACAACCCCGGCCUCCACACGGAGCUCGACGAUGCCACCAAGGGAUACUUCUUGCAGCAGACUAUGUUCAGAGUUAAAGAUCCCAAAGUUAGUCUUGACUUUUACUCUCGCGUGUUGGGAAUGUCCUUGCUGAAGAGGUUGGAUUUUCCUGACAUGAAGUUCAGUUUGUACUUCCUUGGUUAUGAGAAUACUGCAUCAGCACCAUCUGAUCCAACUGAAAGAACCGUGUGGACUUUUGGUCAGAAAGCUACACUUGAGCUUACACAUUUCCCUUGCUCACUACCAAUAGCAACUGGGGAACAGAAAGCGAUCCGGAAUUUAAAGGCUACCAUAAUGGAAAUUCAGAACCACGUGGCUUUGGCCAUAUUGGAAUCACUGUUGAUGACACAUACAAAGCAUGCGAGCGAUUUGAACGUCUAGGGGUAGAGUUUGUGAAAAGACCUGAUGAUGGAAAAAUGAAAGGCAUUGCCUUCAUUAAAGAUCCUGAUGGCUACUGGAUUGAAAUUUUUGACUUGAAAACUAUAGGGGGUGUGACUUCUGCUGCUGCUUAAUCAAUGUGAGGAUGCUCUAGGCUUCCAGCUGCCAUCUGUCUAGUGAAUCAGCAGUUACUCAUAGUGUUCGGAUCUAUGCCAUGGUUGUGUUUGAGUUCUCUGUUUUUUUUUUUUUUUUCAUUCAAGCAGAGUGUUCCGAUCUAUGCCAGUUUCCCUCUUUUGCUUACACAAUAAACUAACGAUGUGAAACUUUCUUGUUGGAGCCUUCAUUUGCUGAGUGUACUGUCUGUGUUUCUAUCCACCAAACCAAACCAAACUUGAACAAAAUGUCUGCAUUAAGUUUUUUGAUCUU